AAAAAACAUCGCAAAUAUGUCUGAAAAUUUGGAGUUGCGUCAAUUUGUGGACGGACCCAUCGUUCCAAUAGUGUCCAACCGCUGGUUCGUACGAAUGAAAAACAAACUAAAUUGUCCAUACUUGGGAAUCAUUCUGGCCACACUGUCUUCGUUAUUUUUCUCUCUGUGUUCUGUGAUAGUAAAGGGGCUCGUGGACAUUAAUCCCAUGGAAUUGGCUUCCUUUAGGUUUAUUGGCGUCCUCUUACCGGCCGUCCCCAUUUUAGUUUACACCAAGCAACCAGUGUUCCCUGAAGGAAAGCGGGUCAUUCUAUUGCUUCGAUGUUUCAUGGGCACCACGGGUCUGAUGUUAAGUUUUUACGCUUUUCGCCAUAUGCCUCUAGCGGAUGCCAGUGUAAUAAUAUUUUCCACGCCAGUAUUCGUGGCCAUCUUUGCCCGGGUGUUUCUUAAAGAGCAAUGCAGUCUAUUCAACAUAGUUACUAUUGUACUCACCCUGGUGGGUGUGGUGUUGAUAACACGACCGCCAUUUGUAUUCGGCGACUCAGCCGCAUCCUUGGAGGCGGAACGAUAUGAGGGGAAACAUUACGACAUUUGGGGUCCAGUUGCAGCCAUAUCAUCUACACUGUUUGGUGCCAACGUCUACAUAUUACUGAGGGCUUUGAAGGGCUUACAUUUUUCUGUCAUCAUGACCAAUUUUGGAGCAUUUGCUCUCGUAUAUACCCUAAUCGUGUGCGGUUCGAUUGGAGCCAUUUGCUGGCCAGCUUGCGGUCGUGACAGGUGGCUGGUCGUAGUCCUGGGUAUUUUUAGCUUCCUGGGGCAAAUCCUUUUAACCGUGUCUUUGCAACUCGAACAAGCUGGACCCGUCGCCAUUGCUCGUUGUGCUGAUAUUGUUUUCGCCUUUAUAUGGCAAAUGAUGUUCUUUGGCGAAACGCCUACUGGCUACUCACUUCUGGGAGCUUUUCUAGUUGUAAGUUCAGUUAUAUUAACAGCUCUAAAAAAGUGGGCUCUGUCACUACCCCGAGAAUCGUCAGUAAGAAAACGACUGCGUUUUUUAAUCAUCGAUUAAGUAGAAGUAAAAACCAAAUCUAUCCAUAAUGACACAUUAACCAUUUCCAACUUAACCAAUUAAGCGCAUUGUGGUUUCUCUCAUCUCUUGUAGUUAUUAAUAGCAAAUUAAUAAAACAAUAUGACA